AUGGCUACCGCAUUCACAUCCGCACGAAAUUAUAUUGACGAUCCAUUCUGGACCCCAAUCCUACCUACAGACUCUUCAAGUGCGGUUAAAACCCUCGUAAACGAGAAAGACUCACACGCCGAACGGAUACAAAUUUUCGAUACUCGGCGGCAGAUCAUCUCCCAAGAUCUGGUUCGUGGGAUAAUAGAAGGUCUCAAAUCUGCGGAACGGGAAUCACCUCCUCUGCUUCUAUGGAACGAACCAGGAUUAUCCUUAUUCGAUGCAGUCAUUGGCUCCCCAGAUUACUACCCGGCUAGACGAGAAUGGCUCCUAUUACAUGACUCUAUUCAGGAAAUUGUUGCAACUAUUGCUAAUGGUGACAGAGUGAUUGAACUCGGGGCAGGAAACAUGAAGAAGACUGCAUUUUUCCUUCAAGCUCUACAGGCACAGGGAAAGUAUGUCGAAUACUAUGCCUGCGAUGUUGAUCAAGAAAGUUUGAGAAAGUCUCUCCUUGAGCUUCAGUGCGUCUUGUCCUCUGCCAGUUCCACCAUUAAGCUUCACGGUCUGCUCGGCACUUAUGAAGAUUGUGCAGCUUGGUUGAAGGGACACGAAAGCUCUUCGCACACAUAUGUCUUCUGGUUAGGUAACAGUAUUGCCAACUUCACACCUUCUGAAGCAGCGGAAUACACACGAGCAUUCCUUAGCAACACCGUUUCUAUGAUUGUUGGGCUAGAUGGCUCCCAAGAUCAACGGGAGAUUGCAUUGUCCUACGAGGGUCCCUCCAACCGAGAGUUUGUCCUCCAAGGCUUGACACAUGCUAACCAGUUAUUAAAUACUGAAGUCUUUAAUUUGGACGAUUGGGGUUUUGCUGGAAGUUGGAACCCCGCCGUAUGGAUGCAUGAAAGUUACUACAUUGCGUAUAAGGACCUUUCGAUAUCUGUCUAUGGUGAAAUAUAUGAGUUCAAGAGAGGCGACAAGCUUCGCUCUAUUCGGAGCGGAAAAUGGCCUCAGGGAAAGGCUAUAGAAAUCUGCGAGGAAGCUGGAGGGAUCCUCACUAAAGCUUGGAUGAAUCAAGAGAAGUCCUAUGGAGUCUAUCUUUUUGAGAAGCAUAGAUCGUGA